GCACAUAUCUCAGUUAGUACAGCAUCAUGAAUUAAGUCCGCCUUCGCAAUCACCCCACACUCCACCGCGUGCAGUGCACACACACUGUACACCAAACACACAGAUCGAUGAGCCGUCACGGAAGGAAGCCAAGUCCCCUCACUAGCUAGCUCAGUAGAAGACGGUUAGAGUGCGGUGGUGGGGCCGCAUCGUGUCGCGCAUCCUCUCGCCCAGCUGAACGCACAGCGUCAACACACAUACACACACACACAUACACACACACAGCACUAAGUUACCUGGCCUGAUAUGGGUGUUCGGUUCGCUGUGUGACUGACUGACAUGACAUAUAUACUCACACACCGACCGGUGCGACCGACCCACCGACCUGCCAGAGCAGCCAGUCCACUUGGAUGUCCAUCCACUUGUGUGAUUUCCCUCCGCGACUCGUGCCUCCAUUGAGGCCGUCACGGACCAUCCUUCACCACACAGACCCACACAGCAAUCAGAUCAGGAACUAUCGAUGAGAUUGCCGUGAUGCGUGGCCUGCCGACCUGCAGGCGACGAUCGCCGCAGCUCUGAUUUCGACUUCGCGAGGCGAGUCAGGGUGUAUGGGUGACCGUGAAGCGAUGCACUGGUCCAGGUCAUCAGAGUACUCCAGCACACCCAGCUCGCGGAACAGCUGCGGCACCCUGAGAGACGCACACAAACACGAGACGAGCAGACCAAGACAAAUAACUGGGUCGGUCCGGCGUCCGGCCAAAGGGGUCCGAUCCACACACACGUACGUAUGUACCGAUUUACCGGUAGUCAGCGAAGAGCGUCAGCUGGUCGAUGUCGUGGAAAUCACACAGCCCGUCGCACUCGGCGGUGCCGAAUGCGCCCCACAGGUCAGCCACCAGUAUCUGAGCACGCUUGUAGAACACCACCUGAUGCCCUCGAUAAACUGCCUCGUCACGGAACCCUUUUCACACACACACACACACACACACACACACAUGGAUGGAUGGCACCGUGUGUGCGUUGCGUCGAUGGGAGUUGAAGAGUUACCUACCGGGCAGGUGUGCCGUGAUGAGCCUGACGAGCUCCACAGCGCUCCGGUCUGCCCUUCGCACCAUGUUGACGGCCGAGCCGCCAAACCCCUCCAACAGCGCCGUCCCAAGCUGGCGCACAAGGCGCACCCUCUCGUCCAUCAGACACAGAUACAGCAUACCCCUCUCGCCCACACCCACACCGAGCCACUCACUCAGCUGCGCCUCUGUGAUGCUUGCCAGCCUGUGGGGUGUGAGGUCGUGUGGCCGCUCCGUGGCCACUCUGCGCAGGCCUCUUGCCAGAUGCUCGUACUCGAACGAGUUGUUGUUAUUGGCGUUGCCAUGGGUGGUGUGUGUGUGUGUUGGGUCGGUGGGCCAGAAGCAGAAGUUGAGGGCGUCCAACACUAACACGUACAGCGCCUGCAGCUCUCUGACGGAUUGCAAUGCAAUGCAGAGAACCACACAGACCAGACAGACAGACACAGACAGAAGGCAAGCAACUCAAUCCGUAUGUGUCGCAUAACAUCCAUUCGGUGCGAACUUGAUGUGGCUGACUGACCCGGGGUGCGAUUCGACAAAGUGAAAAGGGCACUCCCGCCAGCCCAGGAAGGCCUGCGGUGCGUCCGCGUCGCCACCUGCUGCUGCCGACGAGCCGAUGGGCUUCGUGUCGGCAUGCCGCUCCACAAACUCCUGCAGCUUCGACGUGUUGAUGCGCACCUCUGCUGCAUUGUCCACCACCCAUCGAGCACAUUCGUAUACCGAAGUCAUGUCAUCAAUCGCAAGGGAAGGAUGAUCUGCUAAGAC